AUGGCCUCCAGAAGGCCUUGGCUGAUAUGUCUGGCAGCAUUAUUGAUUGUCUAUGGUGAGUUGAUGGGUUUCUAUAAAAUUUUGUUGUACUUUAUAGCUUUCAUUGAAUAUAAGCAAUGCUUAAUUUCAGCGUUUAUUCCUCAUCAUCAUGUCUGUGCCGAUGAAGAUGAAGUGGAUGAGCCAACUGUUGAAGAGAGCGUUGCAAAAGGGAAAAUUGGGUCGAAAACUGACGAUGAAACCGUUUUGAAGUAACUUUUUUCAUUGGUUUUGUUUAAUUUUGCCACUUAUUAUCCAAAAUGUUAAAAUUUUUAACUAGCUACACGUAUCCCGGACAAUUGCUCAUUACAGGGGCGUUGUCUGCGCGUCAAAAGAAAAUUGGGUCAGCCAGGUACCGCCAGUCCCGGUUUAUUUGCUCUUUCCGUCGCGCGACUUCUUUUGAGUGACCUUUCCAUUACGAAACAGAAUAAAAUGGGAUCAUUUUGGAGAAAUUUUAUGGGAAUUAAGGAAAUGCAUAAGCGAGGCAAAAAAUAGCUUCGAGAGUCAAUUAAAUUCAAUAAAAGGUUAUAAUUUCAGGGAAGAAGAAGCCAUUAAGCUCGAUGGGCUCUCUGUUUCCGAGAUCAAGAAGCUCCGGGAGAGUGCAGAGAAACAUGAAUUCCAAGCUGAAGUUAAUCGAAUGAUGAAGUUGAUCAUCAACUCCUUGUACAGGAACAAGGAGAUCUUCUUGAGGGAAUUGAUUUCCAAUGCUUCUGAUGCCUUGGAUAAGAUCAGACUGAUCUCUUUGACUGAUCCAAAUGCUCUUAGUGCUACUGAUGAGUUGUCGAUCAAAAUCAAGAGUGACAAGGAGAACCACAUUCUGACCAUCACGGAUACUGGUGUUGGUAUGACUAAGCAAGACUUGAUCAACAACCUUGGAACUAUCGCUCACUCUGGAACUUCAGAAUUCCUUCAAAAAUUGAUGGAUGCCAACUCUGAUCAGCAACAAGUAAGUAGUCCGACUUUGUUUAAGUUUGCUUUAGGAUCUGAUCGGGCAAUUCGGUGUCGGUUUCUACUCAGCCUUCUUGGUCGCUGACAGAGUUGUUGUGACCACCAAGAACAACGAUGACAAACAGUACAUCUGGGAGUCUGAUUCUGCAUCCUUCACCAUCGCCGAAGAUCCACGAGGUCCAACUCUCAAGAGGGGUACCGAGAUACAGCUGCAUCUCAAGGAAGAAGCCUACGAUUUCUUGGAGCCUGAUACUCUGAAGAAGCUAGUCCACAGAUAUUCGCAAUUCAUCAACUUCUCCAUUUAUUUGUGGCAAUCUAAGACUGUGACUGUUGAAGAACCCGAUGAGGAGGCUGAAGUGAAGGAAGGAGAGGAACCGAAGACGAAGAAUGUCGAGAAGACUGUUUGGGAUUAUGAGAAAGUGAACAGUCUGAAGCCCAUCUGGAUGCGAAAACCUUCUGAAGUCACCGAGGAUGAGUACAAGGAAUUCUACAAGAGCAUUACUAAAGAUUACGAUGAACCCUUGGGUCAUGUAAGUUAAUGAAAUAUUAUUUUUACUUUGUUCAGGUCCAUUUCAAUGCCGAAGGGGAAGUUUCCUUCCGUUCAGUGUUAUAUGUUCCCAAGAAGGCUCCUCAGGACGCUUUCCAGAACUACGGAAAGACCAAUGAGAACAUCAAGCUCUAUGUCCGUCGUGUUUUCAUCACCGACGACUUCCAAGACAUGCUGCCCAAAUACCUGGCCUUCAUCAGAGGUAUCGUUGAUUCAGAUGAUCUUCCUCUUAACGUUUCUCGUGAAAACCUCCAACAACACAAACUUCUCAAAGUCAUCAAGAAGAAGUUGGUGCGAAAGGUGCUGGAUAUGUUGAAGAAGAUGGACGAGAAGACUUAUGACGACUUCUGGAAGGAGUUCUCCACUAAUAUCAAGCUCGGGAUCAUGGAAGAUCCCUCCAACCGUAAUCGUCUCGCUAAGCUCCUCCGAUUCCAGAGCUCAAACGAGGCGUCUGGCCUUACCACUUUAACCCAGUAUGCUGAAAGGAUGAAGGAGAAACAGGAAACCAUCUUCUACAUUGCUGGUACUUCCAGAAAGGAGGUUGAAUCUUCUCCUUUCGUUGAGGCUUUGUUGAAGAAGGGAUAUGAAGUUCUGUAUUUAACUGAGCCCGUCGACGAAUACUGCAUCCAAGCUAUGCCAGAGUUCGAUGGAAAGAAGUUCCAGAACGUUGCCAAGGAAGGAGUAAAGCUAAACCAAGGCGAAAAGGCCAAGGAGGCAUUCGCUGAGCUCGAGAAACAAUUCGAACCUUUGACUGAUUGGUUGAAGGACAAAGGACUUAAUGGAAAGAUCGAAAAGGCUGUAGUCUCUGAGAGAUUGACCAAGUCUCCCUCGGCUCUGGUCGCCUCUUCUUAUGGGUGGUCUGGAAAUAUGGAGAGGAUCAUGAAGUCUCAGGCCUAUGCAAAGGCCAAUGACCCAACCCAGGACUUCUACGCCAACCAGAAGAAGAUCUUCGAGAUCAACCCAAGACAUCCAGUAGUAAAAGAAUUGUUGAGGAGAAUUGAGAACGACCAAGAAGAUCCUAAGGCUGUCACAACAGCUGAACUCUUGUUUGAGACUGCCACUUUGAGGUCGGGAUACGCCCUCCAAGAUCAGGUUGGAUUCGCUGAAAGGAUCGAAUCGGUAUGCUUCAGUUUAUUUCGUCUUGUUUUCUGUGUGUAAUAUAUUAGUAAUGCGUUUAUUAUAGAUUCUCCGUCAAUCACUAGACUUGAGUGCCGAUGAACAGGUUGAAGAAGAAGUGGAAAUCGUUGAAGAUCCCACGGAAGAAGAGAAAAAGCAAGAAAAAGUAGAAGUCGAAGAAGAACACACUGAACUCUAA